AUGGGUUCUGGAGGGAUGCCCGCGAAAGACAGGAAACUUCGAUGGUCCUCCGACGUCGACCAGUGGGAAAAACCAGAUUUUACAUCCCAAUCGAGCGAUUGCAUCGCGUUAAACAGGAACGAAUGUUUGACCGUGUCCGUGCCCGCGACGACGGCGAACAUCGGGCCCGGGUUCGAUUCGCUCGGGUUCGCCGUGGAUUUGAGGAACGAUGUAACCGUGGAGUUUUCUCCAACGGGAACGUUUAUUUUAGAACUGAAAGGCGAAGGGUGCGAUUUUCUACCUCGGGAUGAGACGAACGCGGUGAUUGAAGCGGUGAAGAAAGGGUACCGGUUUCAAUCGAACGAUGAGAGAGAGUUGGACGUGAGCGCGUUGAAAUUUACGAGCACGAAUAGAAUUCCUCCGGCGAGAGGGUUGGGGUCGUCCAGCGCGGCGUUGGUGUGCGGAUUGGCCGCGGGGAUGACGUUGGCCGGGUCAGACGUGAGCACGGCGCGAGCGAGAAGGGAUUUGUUGAAUUUAGCGUGCGAGGUGGAAGGGCAUCCGGAUAACGUCGCUCCGGCGAUUUUUGGCGGGUUUCAAAUCGCGCUGAGCGACGAGAACGAAUGGAUCACGAGCUCGGUGAACAUUCCGGAGGGGAUGUUGUGCUCUCUUUUUAUUCCGGAUUUUCACAGUUUAACGAGCGAAACGAGAGCGGCGCUGAGCGAUAAGUUGACGCAAGCGGAGGCGGUGUUCAACAUCGGGAGAACGGCGACGUUGAUCAACGCGUUUAAUCAAAGCGAUUUUCGGUUGAUGAAAAUUGGCACGCAAGAUAUCAUGCACCAACAUCAAAGAGGGGAUAAGCAGUUUGGGUUAGACAAGAUUAUCGCGGCCGCGAUUGGGGCCGGUGCGCAUUGUUGCUUCUUGAGCGGCGCCGGACCGACGGUGUUGGCGAUGACUGGCGGGGACGAGAACGGGAAGAUUGGCGAUAGCACGAUAGCGGCGAUUACGGCGGAGAGAGUGGCGGAGGCAAUGAGCGAUGCCGCCAAAGAGUUUGGAGUGGAAGGUCAAGCGUUAAUUGUAGAGCCGACGAUGGAAGGUAUUUCUGCGUGGAUAGACGUUUUUGACGACGGCGAGGACGUCGUCGACAUGAUGUAA